UCUUGGCAUUGCUUUUUUCAGAUGAUUAUUGCAAUGCGGACAUUAUAUCAGAAGUGUAAACUGGUGCAUGGAGAUCUCAGUGAAUAUAACGUACUUUAUUUUGAGGGUCACUUGUAUAUUAUAGAUGUCUCUCAGUCGGUUGAUCUUGAUCACCCUCAUGCCCUUGAAUUCCUACGUCAAGAUUGUGUCCAUAUUUAUGAUUUCUUUAGAAAACAUGGUGUAGCUGUUAUGACGAAACGCGAACUCUUUGAUUUUAUAGUUGAUCCUUCUAUUGCUGAGGAGGCUGUGGACAGUUAUCUGGAAGAGGUGCAACAAAAAAUUUUGGCCAGAGGAGACAUAUCUGUGGAGGAUGAAAUUGCAGACCAUGUGUUUGUGCAGUCAUUCAUCCCAAAGACGCUAGAACAUGUGAAGAAUGUCGAGGAGGAUGUACAAAGGAUAACCAGCGGCCAGGACACUAAAGAUAUGUAUUACCAGACUAUCACAGGACUGAAGGACGUUCUUUCAAGAGCUCAGCAGUCUCCAGCUGAACAGCCAGUAGACCCUUCUGAUGGGUCAUCUAUUAAUCCAGCUGCUCAUUCUAAUCCUUCUGAGAAUAUAACGGAGUCUCAAGCAGUCGAAGACGAAGAGAACUCAAGCGAUUCCGAAGCGAGUUUCUCAUCUCAAUCUGAAGCAGAAACUCUCGCAGAUAAGAAAGCUGCUAGAAAAGAGAACAAAAAGAAAGUCAAGGAGGAGAAGAGGGAGGCUCGCCGGAAUAAAGUAAACAAGGCUGUGAAAAAAAGAAGGAAGAAGCUGUCCAAAGCUCACAAGACUAGAUAGCUUGCUUGUAGUGCAACUAUGAAGCCAAGUUUAUUUAUUAGAUAAAUUUUGCAACCAUUUUUAGUUUCGGGAAAAAGAAACAAUUUUGGCACUCAAGUGUGAUCAUGUAGUUUUUCCUUCCGCCCAUUUUAUCUUUUUUUAAUUUGUUUAGUAAUUAGAGUUUUGUAGUUAGCAUGGCCCUGAAGAUAUGAAGGGCUAAAUUAAUCUCAAUUUAAGGUAUUGUUGCUUUUCAUUCGGACUUCAUGGAUGGUGAACAGUUUUUUUGUAUAUGAAGAUUGAAAUUUCUUAGAUAUAUAAUUCUUGUACAACUUGUUGA